AGAAACCAACCUCACCCAAUCAAUAAUGGUCUCCAAACAGUAAACCAAUUAAACAAACCGGUCAGAUUAUGACCAGUUGAUGUAACAGGAGUGUAGAUUUUUAAGAGACUGGGCCCCACCAGUCGCACAUUUCCUUUGACCACACCUUCCUUCCCUCUGAGUCAGGGUUAGGUCUCAACUCCCCCAAACUCAUCAUAAAUCCCCACACGUGUGGCCCCCCUCUGAUCAUUCAGAUAAGACCAGACCCAUCCUCACUCUCUCCACUCCAUUCCCUUCCCUUCCCCUGUUUUCCCAUUUCUUCACCUCAUUUAACCCAACCAGAUCCUCUCACGGAAUUCCCAGACUCCCCCCUUCCACAUCCGAUUUCGCAUCAUACCUGUCCAAAUCUGGAGAUGCCUGGAAGCUUAGAGCCACUAGAUUUGAGCGUCCAGAUUCCUUACCAUUUUAGGUGCCCGAUAUCUUUGGAGCUCAUGCGUGACCCUGUUACCGUUAGCACCGGCCAGACUUACGACCGCGCCAGCAUCGAGUCCUGGGUUGCCACUGGGAACACAACCUGUCCUGUGACUCGCGUUCCGCUAACUGAUUUCACACUCAUCCCCAACCACACCCUACGCCGUCUUAUCCAGGAUUGGUGUGUCGCGAACCGGGCUUUUGGAAUCGAGCGAAUUCCGACCCCGAAGCAACCUGCCGAACCGGCUUUGGUUCGGUCCUUGCUUAAUCAGGCUUCGUCCGAGUCGAACCCUUACCAGUCUCGUCUCUCUGCUUUGCGUCGGCUCAGGGGACUGGCUCGUGACUCGGACAAGAAUCGUUCUCUGAUUUCCUCGCAUGAUGCACGGGAAAUCUUGAUUAAUAUCAUCUUCGCGGAUACGGAAUCGGAUGCGUCGUCCGAGUUGAAUCAAGAGUCACUCGCUCUGUUAGUUAUGUUUCAACUCACGGAAUCGGAGUGCGCUUCUAUCGCUUCGAUACCGGAACGAGUCGCUUAUUUAUCACAACUAUUGUUUCAUUCCUCAAUCGAAGUCCGUGUCAACUCGGCCACACUCAUCGAAAUCGUUCUCGCAGGAACCAGAUCGUCAGAUCUCCCUGCAGAGAUCAGCAAUGUCGAUGAAAUCUUCGAAGGAGUCACGGAUAUGUUGAGAAAUCUAAAUUCCUAUCCACCGGCGCUUAAAAUUAGCAUUCGAGCUCUGUUCGCCUUGUGCUUGGUGAAGCAGACCAGACACAAGGCGGUAUCCUCCGGAACGGCAGAGACGCUGGUGGACCGUUUAGCGGAUUUGGAAAAGUGCGACGCGGAGCGAGCUCUGGCGACAGUAGAGCUGUUGUGCAGAGUUCCCGAAGGAUGCGCGGCCUUAACGGCGCACGCGCUGACAGUGCCUCUGCUGGUGAAGACGAUUUUGAAGAUCUCAGACCGUGCAACAGAGUACGCUGCGGGAGCUCUCCUGGCACUGUGUUCGGCGUCGGAACAAAGCCAGAGGGAGGCAGUCGGCGCUGGUGUACUAACACAGCUGUUGCUGUUGGUGCAGAGCGAGUGCACGGAUAGGGCGAAAAGGAAGGCGCAGAUGUUGUUGAAGCUGCUUCGGGAUUCGUGGCCUGAAGAUUCUAUCGGCAACUCGAAUGAUUUUGUUCGCAGCGAGGUCGUACCCUUCUGAUUAAAAAUUUUUUUUUAAUAAUUCUAAUUUUAGCAUCAGAUUUUAGUUUUUAGAUUUUUUUUUUUGGGGUUUUUAGAUUUUAGUAUUUAGAUUAGAUGGGGUAUAUGGAGAGAUUUGUAAUUUUGUGUGUGUAAUUUUUGUAUGUAAGAAUUUUUGUGGAAUGGUGAAAAUUUUGAAAAUUGAAAGAAAAGGGAUCUGUUAUU